AAUUAGGGACUGUAUUAAAAUAAAAAAACCUUUCUGAUCACCAACAUAGUGUAAAUCAUAAAAACAAUGAGGACAUCCAAAGCUGAAUCGAAUUUCACACACAGGUGCAGCCAUAGCAGUGCUGCACUGCAGUCAAUGUAUCAAUAAAGAAGUAGGUCAAAAGUUUGUGAGACACGCUUAUUUACUUUUUUUUGGGCAGGGACUUAGAUAAGAAUAUUGUUCUGUACAGUAAAAAUGAAUCUAUAACCAGCAGCCAGUUGGUUAGCUUAGCCUAGCAUGGAGACUAGAAACACUAACUCUGUAAAACAAAUCUGGCUACUCACUAAUUGCAAAAUCUGAAGUAUAUAUUUUUUAUUUUAUUAAAUUAUGUGCCACACUACUAAUUCACUGGGAGCAGUGACUUCCUGGAGUGUCCACUGGUUGCCUGGCAACUGCAUGAACCAUUCUAGGUAACAUCACUGAUGACAUCACUGAUGACAUCACCAUUGUUUACCUUUGAUAAUUUGAUUCUAAACAAAGGGACUGCUCAAAACACACAUACAAAUAUCACACAUCAAACUAUACUGGCUUUACAAUACAAAACACAGUUCUAAGUUCAUACGGACAUUUUGUAUUCAUAGGAAGCAAAAAAAAUUAGUAACCCCAAGACAUCUGUCAAUAUGGGUCAUUCCAUGAGCAUUGCAAAGGAGAACAACAGUUUCAAAAAUCGAGCUCUUCAUAAUUCUUUGCAGGAACUCCAAAGUAUUCUGGAAAAAAGUGAAGUCUUUCAAGACCAAAGUGAUGCACUGACAGAAGUGAAUAAGUUGUUGAAACAGCAAAUCCAGACCGAAUACGAAAACGCUCAGGUUUACUACAAGCAUAUGAUGGAACAACGCAAGACCCUGGAAGAAGAAAUUGAAAUGCUCAACAAGAAGUUGCGCGAUGCAGAAGAAAAACUUAGAAACAAUCCUAAUCAAAAAGAGGUGAUUGAAGUUGAGGUCGUUCAACGCCAACAUAAUGCACUUACAAAAGAGAAUGAGUUCUUGAAACAGCAAAACAAGAGCCUACAACAACAAGUUCAGGAGGUUAACCAAAGGCUGGCUGAGGGAGAAAAGACCAUGAGGGAAAAUACUGAGGAGUUGCAAAAAUGCAACAAUGCAAUGCAACAAAAUGUGCAGAAGCUUAAAAAUACAGAGCAAGAUCUGAAACACUUGCAACAUAACUAUGAAGUGAUGAAGCAAGAAAACAAGUCUGUGCACCAACAAAAUGAGUCCCUGGAACAAGAACUUAAAAUGGUCAGCAAAAAGUUCCGUGAUGCAGAAGAAGCCACAAAACGAAGAGAUGCUGUUCAUCAAAAAGAGCAGCUUGAACUCAAAGACUUUGUAUGCAAAUUUAAUGCAAUGAGACAGGAGAAUGAGUCACUGACAGAGCAAAACAAGAGCCUACAACAACAAGUUCAGGAGGUUAACCAAAGGCUGGCUGAAGGAGAAAAGACCAUGAGGGAAAAUACUGAGGAGUUGCAAAAAUGCAACAAUGCAAUGCAACUAAAUGUGCAGAAGCUUAAAAAUACAGAGCAAGAUCUGAAACACUUGCAACAUAACUAUGAAGUGAUGAAGCAAGAAAACAAGUCUCUGCACCAACAAAAUGAGGCCCUAGAAAAAGAACUUCAUCAGUUUAACAUAACGUUGAACAAUGCAGAAGAAGCCAUGAAACUAAAAAACAAUGCUCUUCAAAAAGAAGUGCAUGAACUUCAUGUCUUUAAAUGCAAAUAUGACUCGAUGAUGGUGGAGAGCGAGUCUUUGAGACAGCAAAACAAGACUCUACAACAACGAGUUCAGGAGGUUAUGAAUAUGCUUAGACUUCAAAAGGGCCUGUGUGCAUCUGAGCAGUUAAAAGCUUGUCAGAGGGAAGAAGCACUUUAUGAUAGAUUAAGGAUGUCCAACAUUCAGCUGAAGUUGAAGAUGAAGGCAAAUGAGGUGCUUCAGAAUGAAAAACAGUCCCUGGAAGACCAGUUGAAGAAACAGACAACCAGUUUCUUUCCUCAGUGGCUAACUGGUCCACUGUCAAGUUGGGGACAGGCAGGUUUGGUGGCAGCAGUGUAACACUGUUGCCUCACGGUAAGUAGGGUCUUGGUUCCAUUGUGGGUUUCCUCCGGGAGCUCCGGUUUUCUCCCACAGUCUUUGGACAAAAACAAAAAAAAUGCUACAAAUUAGAAUUAUUAAUAGAUUACAGAUGUUCAACAUUCAGCUGAAGUUGAGUGUUGUAACGCUGUAACACUGGCACCUCACAGCAAGUAGGUUCCUAGUUAUUUGGGUUGUGGGUUUCCCCCGGGAGCUCCGGUUUUCUCCCACAGUCCAGAGUGAAUAGACAAACAAAACAAAAACAAAAAAAAAAAA